AUGGAAUACUGCUUUCAAUGUCAAGAAGGUCAUUAUCCAAAUAAUAAUAAAAGUGUAUGCAUUCCAAAAUAUAGAAGCUUCCUAUCUUAUGAAGAAUUCUUAGGGAGCAGCAUCACCGUUGCUGUUCUCUCAUUUACUUCCAUCACAAGUUUGGUGCUUUGGAUCUUCGUUAAGCACCGAGACACUCCCAUAGUCAAAGCCAACAACUGGAACCUCACCUACACUCUCCUCAUCUCCCUCCUGUUCUGCUUCCUUUGUGCUUUGCUAUUCAUUGGCCAGCCUGAAAAGCUGACGAGUCUCCUUCGACAAGCUGCCUUCAGCAUCAUCUUCUCAGUGGCAGUUUCUUGCUUGUUGGCCAAAACUGUCAUUGUGAUUCUGGCUUUCAUGGCCACCAAGCCAGGAUCCAGAAUGAGAAAAUGGGUGGGGAAAGAUCUGGCCAACUCCAUUGUUCUUUCCUGCUCCCUUAUUCAAGCUAUUAUAUGCACAGUGUGGUUGGCAAACUGUCCCCCAUUCCCAGAUAUGGACAUGCACUCCAUGUCUAAAGAAAUUAUACUGGAAUGUAAUGAAGGGUGGAUCGUAAUGUUUUACUGCGUCUUAGGCUACAUGGGCUUCCUGGCCAUUGUCAGCUUCACUGUGGCCUCCCUAGCCAGGAAGUUGCCUGAGAGUUUUAAUGAAGCCAGGUUUAUCACUUUCAGCAUGUUGGUCUUUUGCAGUGUGUGGGUGUCCUUUGUUCCAACCUACUUGAGUACCAAGGGCAAAUACAUGGUGGCUGUGGAGAUCUUCUCCAUCUUGGCUUCCAGUGCAGGGUUACUGGGUUGCAUCUUUUUCCCCAAAUGCUAUAUCAUUAUCCUGAAGCCAGGACUGAACAACAGAGAACAGCUAAUAAGAAGUAAGAAUUAA